GUCCAAGGAGUCCUGUUGCCGGCCCGCGACCUGCCCCCGCGAUUGGGGCGCGACGCCUGCCUGUGGAUGGCGACGGCGCUGAUGGAGCCUGGCUACAGCAGCCUGCAAGAUGUGGUGGGCCCGAAGGUGCAGGCCAAUGCUUGCGAUGGCCUCCCAGGAGUGUCGCAGCCCUUGGAGGAGGCGCAGCCUCAGCUGCGGAAGGUGCGCGAGCUGGAAGUCAUCGUCCCAGACGGGGCGAGGCCAGGGGAGACGAGGCUCUCCCUCUCCCUGGAAGACGCCCACAAGCUCCUGGUGACUGUGCCGCCAGGGGCGCUGCCGGGGGACCGCCUCGUGCUGACGGAGCAGGACGAGGGCGCGUGGUCCUGCGCUGUGGCCGGCAGUUGCCGCCGGCUUUCGCCACGGGCGGCGGACGAUGGCACCGUCAAGUUCCUCGUGCCGCCGAACGUGACGCCCGGCGUAACGAAGAUGGCGGCCAGCACGGGGCACGGCGAGACCGUGAUGGUGACGGUGCCGCACGGCGCGGUGCCGGGCGACAAGGUGGUGCUCUCGAGGGACCCUGGGGUCGGCGGCGACGCUGGCCCAUGGAGGUGCAGUUUCGUGCGGCUGCGCGUGCAGGCGGAGGAGGGCGAGGCUGCGCAGUUGGGCCCCCUUGUGCUGGUGCCCACCCCGCGGGCGCCGCCCCCCGAGGCGGGCGACGCGUGCCGACAGCUCUUCGCGGCGGCGCGGGCGGCCGGGUGCCACGUGAGCCACAAGUUGGUCAGAGGGUGCGCCCCGCCCUUGAACGUCCCGGGCUUGCUGGCCGCCGAUGCCGUCGACGAGGGCGAGGAGCUGCUGAGGAUCCCCGCGAGGUUCCACAUCACGCCGAGGCGAGCGCAGGGCGAGGACCCCGAGCUGUGGCGGGCGUGCGCCGAGCUGCCCGAGGGCGUGCCGCGCGGGCGCCGCGCCGAGGUUUGCCAGACCGCGUUCGUGGCGCGGCUGCUGCACGAGGCAGAGGACCAGGCCGUCGCGGCGGCCGCCGGCGGCGCCGCCAGGGACGGCGGAGCUUGCGAGGACUUUGGAAGGACUGACGCCGAGGUGCUGAGUGUCUGGCGAAGCUACGUGGACGGCAUCCUCAGCGAGCACUUCGACGCGCACCCCUUCCGGCUCGCGGCCGCAGACCCCGCCAGCAUGCGAGCAGCUUUCACGCCCUCGCCGGAGGCAGAUUUUUUCGUGGAGAUGGCACGCGACUUCGGGAGCAUGCACUCCUUUCUGCAGGCCGCCUUCGCCGAGCGCAUGCCUAGAAGGCGCUGCCCGAGCCUCGGCAUGUACACGAGAGGACGGUUCAGCGUCCUCACGAGGGUCUUCGAGACUUGCGACAGCUCGACGUUGGUGCCCGUGGUCGACCUCUUCAACCACUCCACCACGUCUCCAGGCGUGUCGUGGAGGUGGGAUGCUGAGGGACAGGCCAUGGUAGUCACAGCGGACCGUGCGCACUGCGCGGGCGAGGAGCUUUGCUGCUCGUACGGGCCGAGGUCCAAUGUGCUCCUCUACCGCACCUACGGCUUCACCCAUCCACCAGAGCAGGAGCCAGGGUGGUCACACAUCGUGCGGCGGGAGAGGAUGCUGCCCGUGUACGAGGUCUUCCUGCCGAGCGGCUGGCGGGACCAGAUCGUGCUCGACACCGCCCGCCUGGAGGACUCCCUGUGCAGGGCCCUCAACUCCGCCGCCGCCAACGGCCGCGACGCCGUCGCGUUCCUGCGGCUCCUCUGCGCUCGCAGCCGCUGGCCCUACGAGGAGAGCGAGCGCCUGCGGCCGGCACUGCAGGCGCUCGCCCGCGCGAGGGCGCGCGACCCGGCCAGCAGCGCCUGGUGGUCCGAGCUGGAGGGCGCGGACCGCGAGCUCGCGGGCCAGGAGAGUGGGCCCGGCUGCUGAUGUGCGAGUACCUCUGCCUCGUGGCCCACGAGGAGGCCAUCGCGUGUGCCGACGGGGCGCCUCGAGGAGAGCAGAAGCCUUGCGCGCGCCCGUGUGCUGCGGCGCCUCCUGGGGCAGGCGCUCGGCAUGCUGCGGGCCGGCAAGCGCUUCGGCAUCCGGCGCGUGCGGGCGGACGGCGGGGAGGAGGGCGAGGAGGACGAGGUCGAGCCUUAGCCUCACUCUCGGCGGCGCCGGGCCGUCAUGGCGAGCCGAGUGGGCUCGUGGGCGGCCGGGGGUUGCUCCGGGGCUCCGCGCCGGCAAGGCCACGUGCCUGGAGCGGCUCGCUCGCGCAGGGCUCCAGCGGGAGAGCCAUGCUGCGGGGCACCGUUGCGUGCCUCCAGGGUGCCCUGGGCUUCCUGGGCGUGGACGGCUUCGCGACAGAAGGCGUGACGUGCCCACACCAGCAGUCCACAGACGUCCUGGGGGUCUCAGGGUUGGGUUUCCUGUGGAGGGUUUCCUGCUGGUCGUGCUCCUGCUGUACACGGACGCGGUGGCGGGCUGCUGCACGUCGUGCGGGGGUUGCUGCCCAGGGCAGGACAGCAGAUGCAGGGCCCCGGCCCGCCGUCCCCAGCGGCCAGCGGGCGCGCCGAGCCACGCCUCCUCUCCGUCCCUGCUCCUCCCCCCCCCGUCCCACAUUUGCCGGUUUUUUCCCUCCCGUCCCCUACUUCCUCCACGCCGUGUUUCACCGUGUCGGUGGAGGGCAGGCACUGCGCUUGGCCACGUGGCCUCCCGAAUACAAUCUGCCCAGAAUUCACAUACCGCCGAACACCAUUGCGCGUCAUCGCGAGGACAGCGGUGCGGAAAAGUACAGCAACCAUGAUGUAGGUUGAUUCGGAGCUGCGAAGCGGUGCGGUAGGCUGUCCUACACGCCACGCGGACACUACGUGUGCAGUCAUCAAGCGGUUUUCGACCAGUUCCACCAUCUUGCUUGGACUGAGGUUCCUGGGUGCACUUGGAGCGGUCGAUGCUAAUUUUCCUACACGCUCCACUCCUGGAACACACCCCGAAUUUGACACCGUCUACAACAGAUCAUGCAAAUAUGUACAUUUAGCCCGCCGUACUGCU